AUUUUUUUAAAACAUUCAUUCGUGUAAGGUUCUUUUUCAAAAAGUUAUCAAAUUCAUUUUUGUUUUUUCAAAUUUACGUUUUCUUCACUAAUUUGAGCAUUUGAUCCGACGCAAUAUAAACACUAAAUACCGAACUGUUCUAACAACGAAAAAAAAAUUUGAAAAAAAAAAUGAGUCGACGAGCCCGUGACGCAUUUCUGGCCUCCCCGGCAGUCGGUAAUCCGUCUGUCAAACCGGAGCACGCCCCCAGAGAACGAGAGAUCGAGAAAGAUCUGACGAAGCAACCGCUAUCAACUCUCAACAACACCAGUCAGUAUCUUUCAAAUAGUCAUUCAUCAAAUACAAUAAAGAGCACAACAUCCUCUGGGGGCUUUUCUUUGAGGGAUGGAACAGGGGAUAGUGGUGGUUGCCAUGAGGUUGGUUACGUCCGGCUGCCUAAUCAGAUUUACAGGAAGUCUGUAAAAAGAGGAUUUGAUUUCACUUUGAUGGUUGUAGGUGAGUCUGGCCUAGGGAAAUCCACAUUGAUAAAUUCCUUGUUCCUAACUGAUAUAUACAGCGCUGAAAAUCGUAUGCCGGUUUUUAAAACUAAAAAGACUCUUCAAGUUGAAACAACUCAAGUCUCUUUAAGCGAAAAAGGCGUCAAGUUGAAGCUGACCAUCGUCGACACUCCAGGCUUUGGAGAUUUUAUCGAUAACACUAACUGCUGGGAGCCGAUAAUAAAUUACAUAGACAGCAGAUACGAAGAAUAUUUGAAUGCAGAGUCUCGAGUUAAUAGGGUACAGAUUCUGGAUUCUAGGGUCCAUUGCUGUCUCUACUUUAUAUCACCCAAUGGACAUGGGCUGAAAGCGUUGGACAUUGAGUUUAUGAAGAGACUACACGACAAGGUUAACAUUAUUCCUCUGAUUGCCAAAGCUGACUCGAUGACUAAGGAAGAAGUUACUGAAUUCAAGAAAAUUAUUUUACAAGAGAUAGCAGAGAACAAGAUAAACAUUUACGAUUUCCCAGUUAACUCCAACAUUAACUCCAUCAGUUCAGAUGACGAUGAGAGAAUGCUCAAGUUAUACAAGGAUAGAGUGCCAUUUGCUGUAGUUGGGAGUAACACCCUGAUUGAAACUUCCCAGGGUCGAAAGGUCAGAGGUCGUAUGUACCCGUGGGGGGCUGUCGAAGUUGAGAAGUUGGAGCAUAAUGAUUUCACGGCUCUGAAAAACAUGCUUAUAGGGAUGCAUAUGCAAGACUUAAAAGACGUUACGAAUAACGUUCACUAUGAGAACUUCAGAUUCAACAGACUGGCCUGUCUCGAUGGUCCCUCCAAUAGGAAUAACAAUAAUAAAGCUGUUGUUCAUUCUGAUAAGUAUGUCGUUGUUGUUUGGAGUCCGAUGUUACAGAUAGAGGAGGAGAAGAGAGAGCACGUGCAGAAGAUGAAGAAGAUGGAGCUGGAGAUGGAACAAGUUUUCCAGAUGAAGGUCAAGGAGAAAGUUCAGAAACUGCAUGACUCUGAAAUCGAUCUGCAUAGACGAGCUGAGCAGAUGAAAAAAAACCUGGAGCAGCAAGAAAAGGAACUGGAGGAGAGGAUCCAGGCUUUUGAGGCAGAGCGGGACGCCUGGGAAGAACAAAAUAGGAGUCUGGUGAUCCUGGAUGACUCGGCAUCAAAGAAAGAUAAAAAGAAGUCAUUAUUCUGA